AAUGCAGCUUCAUCGCAAGACUUAUCAUGCAGAGUUUACUUAGUGCACUGGCUUCCCAAUAGUAUACAAUACUCUAAUAUGUCUGCAUCUCUUGUCCAGUGCUCCUCUAUGAAUUUGUUCAAACUCGCCUCAUUUGAACUCGAUCUGAAUGAUCGGCCACCAAAGCGCCCUGGACUACACCGCCUUGGCAGGUCCAUCGAGUAGGCGAAGCGUUGAUUCGAUUUGCAACUACCAACUGUUCAACGUCAUAAAGACCUUGAUCUCAAUCUAGCAUAGAAUGCAAAAUGUACUUGGGAGGCUUGGAAGGGAGAAACGGCAUAUGGCAGAAGAGUCAAAGCAGGAGAAUGUCAAAAAGGCAUACGUUAUCGAUACCCCCUCUUUUAACCCACAAACGUCCCUCGCGAAGGGCCUAUUCCGCAGAUCUCGUCGUGCCAUAGACGACUCGUACUUUUGAACUUCCUUGGAUCUCCACUCUAGAAGCAUGGCGAACACUCCGCAUGGCGGUAUUCUGAAACGAGAGACGAGCCACUACGAGAAACUCUAAAGGCUGAAGCGAAGACAUUACCGGACAUCGUUCUUACAGAAGUGCGUCAUGUGUUGGAACCAUACGUAUCCCACCACCGAUCUGAUCUGAUGCUAUUUAGCGACAAUUAUGUGAUCUUGAACUCAUUACCAAUGGAGGGUUCAGUCCUUUGGAGGGCUUUAUGAAUGAGGCUGAUUACACGAACGUCGUCUCUUCUUUGCGUCUUGCCGAUGGCGUUUUAUUCCCUAUUCCUGUCACACUCGAUGUUUCUCGACAGGACAUCGACCGACUUUCCAUUAAGCCUGGACUACGGAUUGCUCUCCGAGAUCCUCGGGAUGACGAAGCCCUUGCGAUUAUAACCGUCGAUGACAUCUAUAAACCCGAUUUUGUAAAGGAAGCGGUGGAAGUCUUUGGAGCUAAUGACCCAGCACAUCCAUCCGUCGCGUACCUUCACAAGCGAGUGAAAGACUUUUAUGUUGGUGGUAAAGUCCAAGCAAUCCAACCACCUACGCAUUUCGACUAUGUCGCUCUGCGAUACACCCCUGCUGAACUAAGGGCCCACUUCAAAAAGCUCUCGUGGAGAAAAGUUGUCGGUUUCCAAACUCGCAACCCUAUGCACCGGGCACAUCGUGAACUUACCGUCCGUGCUGCUCGUCUCCGCCAAGCCAACGUUCUCAUCCACCCCGUCGUCGGAUUGACGAAACCUGGUGAUGUAGACCAUUAUACCCGUGUCCGUGUCUACGAAGCCAUCAUGGCCAAGUACCCCAACGGCAUGGGUCAUCUCGCUCUUCUUCCUCUAGCUAUGCGUAUGGCCGGUCCUCGGGAGGCUGUUUGGCAUGCGAUCAUUCGCAAGAACUACGGUGUUACGCACUUUAUUGUAGGACGUGAUCACGCUGGCCCAGGGAAGAACUCUCAAGGAAAGGACUUUUAUGGUCCCUAUGAUGCACAGGAUCUUGUGGCGAAAUACCAUGACGAGUUAGAGAUCGAGAUGGUACCCUUCCAGCAGAUGACAUACCUUCCUUCAACGGAUGAAUACCAGCCUGCCGAUGAAGUUCCAGCGGGUGUCCAGACCCUCGACAUCUCUGGUACCGAGCUUCGAAGGCGUCUCAAGACCGGGGCUCCCAUUCCUGACUGGUUCAGCUAUGAUGCCGUUGUUAAAACUCUUCGAGAGAGCUACCCUCCUCGCUUGAAGCAAGGUUUCGUGUUGUUCUUGACUGGCCUCCAUAACUCCGGCAAGGAUACUAUUGCCAAGGCACUUCAAGUUAUUCUGAAUGAACAAGGAGGCCGAAGUGUGUCCCUCCUCCUAGGCGAAGGUAUCCGGCCAGACCUUGAUCCAUCAUUCGGCAUUACUGCGGAUGAGCGCUCAAAAAACCUACAACAUCUAGGGUUCGUCGCUGCAGAACUUGCUCGUGCUGGUGCCGCUGUUAUUGCAGCACCCAUCGCACCCUCCAAAGCAUCCCGCGAUGCUAUCAAGGAUACUGUCGUUCAUUCUGCUGGUGCCGGAGGCAACUUCUUCACUAUCCAUGUCGCAACGCCUCUUGAGCAUUGUGAGAGCAACGACCGCAAGGGCAUUUAUUCUAGGGCUCGUGCAGGAGAGUUGAAGGGUGUCCCGGGAGUCGAUGAACCUUAUGAAGUACCUGAGAAGGCGGACUUGAUAGCCGACGUUACUACUCAAAGCGUUCCGGAGAUCGUCCACAGCAUUGUUUUGCUGCUUGAAACCAACUCGCUGCUGUAGAUUUGCAAUUUCCUGUGUUCGUCCUCUUGGCAAAGAGACCAAGAUGCGCUUACUAUUUUCGAAUUUCGAGUAGACGUUCCUGCAUCUGAUUUUAACUAUGUGCUAUCCAUCUCUUCCUCGAAACCAUUUGUGACUACAAUUCGCGAUAGAGUCUCUUGUAUACCUCCUACAAAUUAGAUUCUAGAAAGGUUUUAGGACUUGCGUU